AGCUAACGCUGCCGUUGACCGGUGACUGGCAGCUACGUUAUGCUUUGUCCUCACCGGGCCCGAUAAGUCUCUUAUUGAUUUUAUUUGAUCAGUAAGGCGGUCUCGCGGCUCCAGGAAGACGUCGGCUGAAAUAAUGUUUACAGCCUUAGCGUGUGGAGCUGUGGUGUUUCCGGGUCUUUUCUACAGCUUCAGGAAAAUACUGAAGUCAACUUUCACACACUGGAGUGAUGCCGACGUGGUUUCUGUCAGUGAGAGGCUGGUUUCCGCCAUUCAUGCAUCUCUGGCUACUGCAGCUGGAGUAAGAGUCGUGACGUCAUGCAGCGACGUAAUGACGGACAGUCACUGGAUGGUCAAUGGGUUUGCUGUGUUUGGAGCUCCAUAUAUGGCCCACGACAUCUAUGCCAUGUACCUGAGCCACUUUCAUAAUCAGAGGGUCAGAGGUCAAGUCAGUGAACACAGCGGCCACUCUCUGCAGACGGUGAAGGCUUUCCUCGUCAAGGACUGGAUGUUGAUCCUGCAUCACCUGACGCUGCUCCUCAUUUUCAUGCCCAUUACUCUGUUCCUCAGAAGAGGACUGGGUGAUUUCUUCAUCGGCUGCAUGUUCACCACAGAGUUCAGCACUCCCUUCGUCUCUAUAGGAAAGAUCCUGAUCCAGCUGGGCCUCGACAACACCAGGCUGCACAGACUCAACGGCAUCGUCGUCCUCCUGAGCUUCUUCACCUGUCGGAUCCUGAUCUUCCCCUUCAUGUACUGGAUGUACGGCCGACAGUUUGGGAUCCCCCUGCACAGAGUGCCCUUCCAUCUGCCCCUGCACUGCAACGUGGGUAACCUGGUGAUCCUGGCCCCGCAGAUAUACUGGUUCAUCCUGCUGCUGAAGAAAGCGAAGAGACUCUACCUGAGACAGAAGAGAGGGAGAGGAGACAGGAACAAAGACGGACCGAAGACAAGCUGAGGAGUCCAAACAUUUCUUCUAAAAUAAAAAAAACUAUUUUCUUCUACAAAUCUUGAAUUUUUUUCUCGUUGAAUUGUGACAUUUUCAAAUCAUG